AUGGCCCGCAAGCCUUCUGGGGCCGCAGGGAAACCGAGUCCGCGUCCAGCCUUCUCUUUGGACAUUGCCACGCCUCGCCACAUUUUUGGACUACAUAUCCUACAAUGCAGAGACAUCCAGAGGUCCGAGUCCACCUUUAACUACUUGACCUUCCUCCCAGACCUCAAGGGACAGCAGUGGGGGCGUGGCACAACCCUGGUCCGGCCCUCACCGCGGGGGCCGCUGGGAGCUGGUCGCCAGAGCAACGGGCUGUACACUAUCCCCUGGCAGUUCUCCGUGGGUGGCCACCUGUCCCCAUGGCCUACCUACACCAGUGGCCAGACCAUUCUACAAAACCGAAAGCCCUGUUCUGAUGACUACGGGAAGCGAGCCAGCUGGCAGCAGCAUCCUCUGGGCAUUGCCAAGCCCAAAUACCUGGAACAGCUAGAAAACUACCUACGCAAGGAGCUCCUCCUGCUGGACCUGGGCACAGAUUCCACACAGGAGCUGAGGCUGCAGCCUUAUAGAGAGAUCUUCGAAUUCUUCAUAGAGGAUUUCAAGACGUACAAACCACUACUAUCUUCCAUCAAAAAUGCAUACGAGGCGAUGCUGGUCCACCAAAGGGAGAAGAUUCAGGCCCUGGAGCCCCUGAAGGCCAAGCUUGUUUCUAUGAAUGAGGAAUGCAACCAGAGGAUCCUGGCCAUGCAGGCUGAAGAGAGGGAUGAAAUCUCUGUGCUCAAGAGAGAGAAGAUGAAUUUGCUAAAACUCAUAGACAAAAAGAAUGAGGAGAAGAUCUCACUGCAGAGUGAGAUAAGUCCCCAACCCACAUCCUAUCCUGUGGUGACUACCAGCCCUACUACACAGCCACCUUCCCAGCAGGUGUCCAAGCUGAGAAAGAGCUUAGCUGAGGAGUACUUGCACUACCUCAGUGAGCGAGAUGCCCGCAAGAUCCUCAUUGGGGACCUGAAUGAAGCUACGAUGACCCGGCAAGACCUGACCCGAACGCAGAUGGAACUCAACACCAUGAAGGCCAACUUUGGAGACGUGAUACCCAGGAGAGACUUUGAAAUGCAGGAGAAGAUCAACAAGGAUCUUCAAGAGCAGUUGGACAGCCUGAGAGCUGACUAUGAAGAGGUGUGCAAAGAACAUGAACUACUGCUGCAGUUGCACAUGAGUACACUGAAAGAGCGGGACCAGUUUUUUCUGAGCUGCAGGAAAUCCAGCGCACUUCCACACCUCGCCCUGACUGAUGUGGUGGCCGGGGGUCCAGAACGCUGGCGAAUGCUGGCUGAGGGAAAGAACAGUGACCAGCUGGUGGAUGUGCUCUUGGAAGAGAUUGGCGAGGGCCUUCUUCGGGAAAAAGACUUCUUUCCUGGUCUGGCUAUGGGGAAAACAUCCCUCUUUCCUUCGGUUGAUGGCCUUGUGGAGAAUAAGAAGCCAAGCAAAAAAGAUGUGAUAAACCUCCUGAAGGAUGCCUGGAAGGAACGUCUCACAGAGGAGGAGAAAGAGACGUUCCCAGAUUUCUUCUUCAAUUUCCUGGAGCGUCGCUUUGGCCUCAGUGAUGCCAUAGCCUGGGCUUACACCAUUUUUGAAAAUAUCAAACUCUUCCGCUCCAAUGAGGUCAUGAGUCAGUUCUAUGCAGUCUUGAUGGGAAAGAUGACAGAGAGUACAUAUAUCAACCAAAAGGACAGAAUAGCCCAUCUGCUGAAGGAGAUGACAAAUGCUGAUACUCAGAAUGAGGGGUUACUAACCAUGGAGCAGUUCAGCACCAUCCUCAAGAACACAUUCCCCCUCAAGAAGGAAGAGCAAAUUCAGGAGCUGAUGGAGACAGGAGGCUGGCAACCCAACAGCAGCAAUUCAGACUUGCUCAACUACCACUUAUUGUUUACAGAGUACAAGGAUGAGAAGGAACAAUACUUGCAGGAACUAAAGCAGGAGCUGGGCAGGAAUCCCCAUGAUGAGGUGACCCUCUCCAAACUGCAUGGGGCUCUGAUGACCAUUGACCCAAGCCUGGACAAGCAGACGGUCAUCGCCUACCUGAGCCAGGCGUUCGAGCUCCCUGUGUCAGAACUUCCAGAGGAGGAUAAUGAGAAGCAGGAGGGCACUGUGAUACAGCUCCAGACGGUACUGGAACGGCUUCGAUUAGCUGACAUAAAGCGCAUGGGGCCUCGAGAGCCAGAGCCUGCAAGCUAG